GGCGCACACUUUACUGUGUACAGCAUGGGGCGCUACGGCCGCACAGUCUCUUCUGUGAUCGUGCUUGCACUCUGCUUGGGUUUGACAGUCGGCUCAUUUCUCUACUGUAGUCCACCGAACAUCGCUAAAGGAAAGCAUGCGGUGAAGAAGAUGCGCGUUUCAGGUGCCACGGCCACAUUGAUGAAGAAUUAUAGACGUUGCUUGCACUCCAAUUCCACAAGAAAGCUGAUGACGAAAUAUGGUUUCGACUACAACUUGACAACCUGCAACCUUGAGCUCAGUCGCGAUGAUAUCUGCAAUAACCCGGAUCUAGUUGCGGAGUAUUACGACUGCUUUUUCAAGCAGCAGGCCUUAAUAAUGGUGAGUAUAAUUUACUUAUAUGAAUCGAUCCGGGAGCUGCGAAUCAUGCUUCUCUGGAGUUUCCUUUUUCCGGAAACGAUUUUACACGAAGCAGGGAUGAAGAGUGGUAGAACAAGAAAUGUCGCCCGACACCACAGCUUCGGCAUGAGGUCUUGUCUUUAUCAGGACAGUAGCUGAUUCUGUUGCCUUGACGAAGACAAUUCGCCAUGUCAGAGCAUUGGUUCCAGCGACAUUCUUUGCUUUGCCGCUGUUCAUCACUUGAAGUAUCAAAUUACCUGGAAAGCUCUUGUUUUGUUUUUUUACGUCAUGUGGCCACAAAGAUAUGCGGUACCAGACAAAGAACACGUGGUUUCGUCGUGGCGAAACCACGUGUUCAAAAGAUUGGAGAC